AUGUCUUUUCGAGGCACCAAUAAAGCUGGUGAGAUCAUUAUUGUCCCAAGCGUGGUGUCGGCAGUCAAAGUCCAAUCCUUCUACAUAUUCUACUACAAUGUAAGAACAAACAAUGUCAAAAGAGUUAGGCUACUGGGAAUUGGAGACAAUGAAGAGUUUAGAUGCUCUUAUGGAUUCGUAGACUAUGAAUGUUUUGUCUGUGUCACACCUCACCACGUUGACAGUAUUGCCUUUUUUAAGAAUCAUGUAACCUUAUCUCUUACUUAUGUAAGAGAGCUUGGUGAACUCUCACUUACUCUAAGGUCAAUGGAGUGA